AGCUGGGGCCAGCGGUGCCAAGCGCAGCUGGACGAGCGGCUGCAGCUGGGCCAGUGACAGCCCCAGCUCCGCGCGCCGCGGCCGCUAGAGCCGGCACAGGGGACGCGCCCGUGGCCCCGGGCGGCAGCAGCGGCCACCUCCUCCCGCGCUCCCGGGCCGCCGCCCGCGGUCCCGCGGCCCCGGGCCGGCUCCGCUCCCGCUCCCGCUCCCGCGCGCAAGAUGGCUGACCCGGCUGCGGGGCCGCCGCCGAGCGAGGGCGAGGAGAGCACGGUGCGCUUCGCCCGCAAAGGCGCCCUCCGGCAGAAGAACGUGCACGAGGUGAAGAACCACAAAUUCACCGCCCGCUUCUUCAAGCAGCCCACAUUCUGCAGCCACUGCACGGACUUCAUCUGGGGCUUCGGGAAGCAGGGAUUCCAGUGCCAAGUCUGCUGCUUUGUCGUGCACAAGAGGUGCCAUGAAUUUGUCACCUUCUCCUGCCCAGGAGCUGACAAGGGCCCAGCCUCUGAUGACCCCCGGAGCAAACACAAGUUUAAGAUCCACACAUACUCCAGCCCCACGUUUUGUGACCACUGUGGCUCACUGCUGUAUGGGCUUAUCCACCAGGGGAUGAAAUGUGACACUUGCAUGAUGAACGUCCACAAGCGCUGCGUGAUGAACGUCCCCAGCCUCUGCGGCACUGACCACACGGAGCGCCGCGGACGGAUCUACAUCCAGGCCCACAUCCAGAGGGACGUCCUCAUCGUGGUCGUAAGAGAUGCUAAAAACCUCGUACCUAUGGACCCCAAUGGCUUGUCAGAUCCCUACGUAAAACUGAAACUGAUUCCUGACCCCAAAAGUGAGAGCAAGCAGAAGACCAAAACCAUCAAGUGCUCCCUCAACCCUGAGUGGAAUGAGACAUUUAAAUUCCAGCUGAAAGAAUCAGACAAAGACAGAAGAUUGUCUGUAGAGAUUUGGGACUGGGAUCUGACCAGCAGGAAUGACUUCAUGGGAUCUUUGUCAUUUGGGAUUUCUGAACUGCAGAAAGCUGGUGUUGAUGGCUGGUUCAAGUUACUGAGCCAGGAGGAAGGCGAGUACUUCAAUGUACCUGUGCCGCCAGAAGGAAGUGAAGGCAACGAAGAGCUGCGGCAGAAAUUUGAGAGGGCCAAGAUUGGUCAGGGGACCAAGACUCCAGAAGAAAAGACCACUAACACCGUAUCCAAAUUUGACAACAAUGGGAACAGGGACCGGAUGAAACUGACCGAUUUUAAUUUCCUGAUGGUGCUGGGGAAAGGCAGCUUUGGCAAGGUCAUGCUCUCAGAGCGAAAAGGCACAGAUGAGCUCUAUGCUGUGAAGAUCCUGAAGAAGGAUGUUGUUAUCCAAGAUGACGACGUGGAGUGCACGAUGGUGGAGAAGCGGGUGCUGGCCUUGCCUGGGAAGCCCCCGUUCCUCACCCAGCUCCACUCCUGCUUCCAGACCAUGGACCGCCUAUACUUUGUGAUGGAGUAUGUGAAUGGGGGUGACCUCAUGUACCACAUCCAACAAGUUGGCCGGUUUAAGGAGCCUCACGCUGUAUUCUACGCUGCAGAAAUUGCCAUCGGUCUGUUCUUCUUACAGAGCAAGGGCAUCAUUUACCGUGACCUAAAACUUGACAACGUGAUGUUGGAUUCUGAGGGGCACAUCAAGAUUGCUGAUUUUGGCAUGUGUAAGGAAAACAUCUGGGAUGGGGUGACGACCAAGACAUUCUGCGGCACUCCAGACUACAUCGCCCCUGAGAUAAUUGCUUAUCAGCCCUAUGGGAAGUCCGUGGAUUGGUGGGCAUUUGGAGUCCUGCUGUAUGAAAUGUUGGCUGGGCAGGCACCCUUUGAAGGGGAAGAUGAGGAUGAACUCUUCCAGUCCAUCAUGGAACACAAUGUGGCUUAUCCAAAGUCCAUGUCCAAGGAAGCUGUGGCCAUCUGCAAAGGGCUAAUGACCAAACACCCAGGCAAACGUCUGGGUUGUGGACCUGAAGGUGAACGUGAUAUCAAAGAGCAUGCAUUUUUCCGGUAUAUUGAUUGGGAGAAACUUGAACGCAAAGAGAUUCAGCCUCCGUAUAAGCCAAAAUCUUGUGGGCGAAAUGCUGAAAACUUCGACCGAUUUUUCACCCGCCAUCCACCAGUCCUAACACCUCCUGACCAGGAAGUCAUCAGGAAUAUUGACCAAUCAGAAUUCGAAGGAUUUUCCUUUGUUAACUCUGAAUUUUUAAAACCUGAAGUCAAGAGCUAAGUAGAUGUGUAGAUCUCCGUCCUUCAUUUCUGUCAUUCAAGCUCAACGGCUAUUGUGGUGACAUUUUUUUUUUUUUCAUUGCAAAGUUGCAUCCAUGUUUUAUUUUCUGAUGAGGCUAGAGUGACCAUGUUUCAGACCCAAAUGUCCUCAAGUAGUUUGGAGCAUCUCUCUGAGAUGAGAUUAUGCAGAUGGUAUGUGGAAAAUGCUGCUGCAUAAUUAACACGUUAUCAAAGCCCUCUUACAACAUGUCAGCUAACUAGAACCAGUGGGGAGAGAAAAAUGCCUGCUUUCUUUCCCUCUUUUUCUGCACCACCAUUUUUACACAUUCCCCAACCCCAACCAUCCCAUCCAGAUUAUUCCUACAAAAUGGGUGGACAGUCAUAUGCUAGCAGUGUUCUUCCACUUCCAGACCUGGAGCUUUGCUUGUAUCCAAGUAUAUGGUUGCCGGGCCCCAGAGGGAAUUCCAACUUUCUGCCUGUUCUGGAGGCACCAUGAGUUUUGAAAAGAGCAUGCUAAAAAGAAAAUUCUAUUUUUUUUUUUAAACUCAAAGUUAAGAAGAUUUUUCAACUCCUUUUAAAAUUCCAAGACUGUGCUUUUGGAUAUUUUCUAUCUAAAAGCACUUCAAGGGGUCAAAGGGCAACCAGCUUGGGUGCUACCUCAAUGCUGUGAUUUCUGAUACUGUGUGUUUCUGAUCACCCUCCUCCCCAAACUGCUUGAAAAGGGCAUUUGACACCACAUCUGAAAAGUGCAUGGUCACUCUAGCAAGGUCCCAAAGGGCCAAGGUUUACAUUACAUUUCAAACUUUAUUUGCUUUGGGGCUUUAUUUCUGUUGUUCAAAUGCCAAAAGAAAAAAAAAGUUACUCACUUUGUUACACAUGCUAUAAAAUGUGUCCAAAUGUUAUUAACCACAACGACCUGCUUUGAUUUAACCAAGAAGGCGGCUCUGGAGCCUAGCAGACCCAUGCCUGUGGGGAUGGGAUUUGUCUAGGUUUGUUGCUGGUUUUGGAGAACUAAUUAAGUGUUCUGAGAAAAACACCAUUUCUUGAAACCAAGCAAGUUGUAUUCUUAACUUUGAUGUUGUUUUGCAAGAUGUUUGUGGAAAUGUCCGUUUGUAUCUGGAUAUGUUAUGUCCCAUUUUCCUUCUAGCAUCAAGAUAUAAUGAUAAUAAAAGAAAGAAAGAAAAGAAGAAGAAAUGCUGUUUCAAGGAAAACUCUCUUUGAAAGAUGUGGAGCUAUACUAGAGAGUGGGGCUCCCUGAGGCCUUAGGAUAGAAAGGAACUAAAUCCAGAGCUUGCUCCUGGCCCUGAUGCUCAGCCAAUCAGAGGCGGGGGCUGUAGACCCUUCAGGGACUCCUGGGGAUCCAUGAUGAGGUGGAGAGAACUUGCCUGGGCCUCAAACAUUGUCUGAGCCCAAAGCCUACAUUCUCAUAGAGUCAAGUUUAGGGGCCAGCUAAAAGCAUUAUGGGGCAUGGGGCUCUUGUUUUUCUUUUCAAAAUUGCCACUCCUCCCAGCGUGGACUAAAUAUUAUUUCUAACAAGCAGAUUUGUGAGCCUCCAGAAGCCCAAGGCAGUCUUUUGGGUGCUCUGUCUGAGCAGAUGAGGACAGCAGGUGACUCCCCAUCCCUGCCUACAGCCUCCUCCUAUUCUCAGACAGCCCUCAAGAGAGUUCUCAUCACAAUUCAAGUGAUUUCCAGACACUCCAGGGCUUCUGAGAGACCAGCAGAGGAACUUUAAACACUUGACGAAUGUCCUUGAAGUAAGACUUCUCAUCUUUAAGAAAACCAUGAUUUGGCAUUCCACUUAGGCAAAGUCCCCUGCAGUUAAUUCCUUUCUGCCCUCUCUCUUCUCCUUACUUCAAGUUUUGGGGGUCAUCCCUGCCAUUGCCAUUGUAGUGCCACCUGAAGCUAAGGUGAAGCAAACUUGAAGCCCUAGCUGAAAAGGUGAGAGAGUUAGAGAGGGAGGGGAAUCAGGGCAAUGCUCUUCUCACUUUAUUGUUGGGAAAACCAACAUUGGGAGAGUGGAAAUGGCUUGUCCAAGGUCAUCCAACUGGAAUGCAAACCCAGGCUUCCCAAUCUUCAGCACAGGACUCUUUCUAUUCUACAUUACAGGAACCUGGGCCCACAUUUAUCUCUGAGGGCAAGUUAUUUGAGAUCCUCCCUCUGGCUGUGGGUCCCCAGGCCUUGGACACGCUCUUAGGAAGAUAAAAAAACAGGGAGAAACAUUGAGCCAUUUAAAAAUGAUCUGAAACAACUUUAGAGAACAAUGUAGGAGGGAAGGAGGGAGGGAGGGAUAGAUAGAAUAUACUAUAUUCUAUAUAUACAUAUAUGUAUCUAUAGACAUAUAUGUGGUACACUCAUAUACAUAUAACAUAUAUACACAUACAUAUAUAUAAAACACACAUAUAUAUAAUGCACUCUACAUUUUCAAAAAAGUUCCCAUUACUUUUUAAAAGUUUAAUAAUUGUAGAAAUAGAUACUAUGGUCAAAGUCUCUGUUCAGGGAAGCUUCUGUGGAAGAACGAGAUAGUCAGAAUUCCUGCAUUUCCUUUUUCUAUCAACAUCUCAAAUGCAGAGGAGAUCAAGAAAUAGAACUUCCACCAUAUGUAAUCACCUGGGGGAGGAUACUUUGCAAAUUUGUCCAGGAAGAAAGAUUUUAAAUUCAUUUUUGUAUUUAUCCAUUUAUCUAUUCAUACAUCCAUUCAUUCAACCAACAUUGCUUGAAUACUGUGUACCAGGCUCUCUGCACAGUCACAGUGGGGAAUAGUGAAGAUGCAAUCUUGGCUCAUCUGGGAGGAGAGCAGUCAGUAAACAAGUAAUUAAAAGCACAUAAUGUGAUCCAGAGAUAACUAGUCUGUGGGUUAGUCAGGGAAGGUUUCUUACAAAGAAGAAACCAUCACAAGUCUUUGGGUCUCCUCUUUCUCUCCUUUGUCCACAGUUUGAGGUUGAAGGAGAAGGUGGGAUGGGUGGAAAAGAAAAGAGGCAGGGCAGUAGCGGGGAUGGGUUUCCUUUUAGAAAAACAAAGGCACAAACUUCCAUGCUUGAAGAGACCCCAGAAUCACCAAGAUCUCAGCAGAGUCAGAAAUCCAUAUUUUCUCAUUAUAUAUAGAGAAGAAGUUAGUCCUACAGCUUGAUUAUGAGCCCUGAGUCUUACCUGUCAGGAUUUUUCGUUCAGAUUCCUGUAGACAUUGUCCUUUCUGGCCCUCAGGGAGACACCACUCCCCUUCCAGCUUACUGUCCCCAGCUUGCCACAAGUCUGGUUCUUCUCACCUUCUGAGACAGGCUGAGCUUCCCCAAAAUAGAUUAGAGGGAAUAAAAAAGAAACUAAAUAAGGGGCUCCAAAGAAACCUAAACACAUUCAGGUUAGCCACAGCCAGCUGUCUACCAGGAUUCAAGAAUCCCCCUUAUAAUUUCUGAGACUUCUUGCUGAUCUGCUUUUCUAAGAAAGGCUGAGGUCAAAGUCACCAUGACCUGUUUGGAGAUUAAUAGGAAUCCAGUGGAACUAAUAACCCUCUUUGAAUGAGUGAUGUUACUCGCAUCCGACUUCAGAUGCUAUCAAUCCAGAAAGGAAUUGUCACAAGACAUAGGACCAUCCUCUCCCAGCUAGGGUAAAAUUCAGGAGUAUUUUCUAUGGGGAGUUGCCCACAGGACAAAGUCCAUAAAGGCAAGUACUGUUUGGACCAUGUGGAUGUUUGAAGCAUGAGUCAUCACCAGCAUAGUGAUGGAGAAUGGCUUCCAGAGUUGGGGUUGGUGGGAAGGUAACCUCUCCUGGGUGCCCACAGGCAAAGAAGGCCAGAAAGGGUUUGUAAUAUCAAAGCUUGAAAGGAGGCAGCGGCCUGCCUUCUAGCCCCAGGUGUACCUGUGACCCACACAUAGCCCUCAAUGUCAUGGACCUCAAGGUGACCUAACACAGUUGAGUUCAUUUUGGGACCCAAAAUGGAUAGUGGCGCAGUUGUGAGACCCUUAGGAUCAAUCAGAACAAGUCCUAUUGUUUGCCUUUAGAGUGAGGUCCCUGGCUCAAGAGGACUAUAAGUUGGAAAAAGCGAAGGGUCUUCUCCUUAGUCAAGUCUUCAUUCGUUGAUUCAUUCUUUCUCCAAAUAAGUAUGAACAGCCUACUAUGUGCCAAACACUAUUCUUGACACAGAAAAUACAAUAGUGAGGAAACUGACAAAGACUCUGCCUUAUGGGGAGAAACAAUUAACAAGGCAAUCUUUGUUAGUAACAGUGUAAUGAAGAUAAUUAAAGAGAUGUUAAAGUAUGACUAUGGGGAUCGGGAGGGGGAUGCACAGACAUCAUUAAAUGAAGAGGUGGCAUACGAGCUUUUAUCUGAACACAAGAAGUAACAUAUUCACUGCCAGGGGGUGGAACCUCCCACAGCACAGAACAGGAUGACAGCAGGCAGGACAAGGCAAAGCAGAAUGGGUGGGGUGGGGCAGGAAAUGUCCCACCAUCCAGGGGAAAACUGAAUGGGACUGAUGGUGGAAAACAGCUCCAGGAGCAUCUUCCUAAGUGUGUCCCAGAAGUCCGUUGCACACCCUUCAUCUGCCCUCCCACACACACACACACUGCAAGAGGGAACUCCAUGGGGAAUGUUACCUAUCUCAGGGAAGCAGCCAAAAAGAAGCGACUCUUGUUAAAAGCUGUUGCGAAGGAGAAGGAGCCCAGCAAUGAGAAAUCCUUAUCAGUCAGUACCCAUUAAGGCUAAACCUACAGCAUGGUGGCAGUUGGCCAGACUCUAGCAAGUCAGUCAUCCUCACUGACUCUCCCCUCUUUAUAAUCUGGCACAACUCUUCCUUCUGCCAGGCAACCUGCCCGGUACCAGUGAAACAGGCAUUUCUGUAAGUGUGCGUUAUCAGUGGUCACCCUCUAAUGAAACAGCCAUCAGGCUGUUCUCCCAGUCAGAAGAGCUGAAACAGGGCAUGGUAAGUGGGAUAUGGUCAGGUAAAAAUCCCUAACUCACUUUGUGGCCUUGGACAAGUCACUUCACCUUCCUGUGCCUUGAUUUUCUCAUAUGUCAAAAAAUGGGAAGUGAGGACUCCAGUUUCUACCUGCUUCACAGGUGGAGGUGGUGAGGAUGGAAAGAGAUGAUGGGCUGACAAGGACCCUGCAGAGGUGAGAGCAUCAUACAGAUGCUAGAAGAUCUUUUUAUUAACCCACCCUCUGAUGACUCAUGAUAAAAUUUGCAAAAAACUGUAAUUAGGCAACUGGGGUUAAUGUGCCCCCAAAGAAAUGUUAGAUUAGCUAGGAGAAUUGGGUUAGUUUUUUUUCAAAGGCUGCACUUGUGAGUCUUACUUUAAGCUCUGGGUUUUGUUUCUUAUUUUGUUGACUCUAUACAUGCUAUCAACAUCCUUGAAGAGAAACUUUGGCUGAUGACGAUCCAAAUUCUAGUCUAUGGGUGGGUUUUUGAGCAUCCCCUGCAAAGCUUAGAUUGCACCAAUGAGUGUCGAGUAGGUAACAGUCAGCUACUUCCAUUAAACAGUGAUCCGUCUCCCCACAUGGCCACUCUACCUUCUUUGAUGCUGGAGAUGAUCUUUGAUGAUCUUUUUCAAAGAAAGAAGCCUCCUAGCCACAGGUGUUGCCCUGGGGUGGUUUUUCUCCACGACACUCUACUCAAAGACUUAUUAUAUGAGCAUUAGGCAUGGUAAGUAGUUUCCAACUCAAUUCAUCUGAAAGCCGAAGAAAACACACAUGCACACACACACACAUGAACAUCACUUUAUAGCAAUCCUUAAUGAAAUUCAAUGAUUUCUUUUCUUUCUUGGAAAUUGCCACUAAGUUCUCUAUCCUGAAGUAUAGACAGUAUGCACAAGCAGCUGCUAAAAUACUGUGAGCACAGGGCUCUGGCUCUACCCAUGAGAUGCCAGCGACUUGCUGAAAACUGGCACAUCUUGGUCACGUUUCCUUCUUCUUAUGCUGUGUUAAUGUAUUUGCUUUCCAUUUGGCAGAGAGACAAGCGAGACACCUCCAACUUCGACAAAGAGUUCACCAGACAGCCUGUGGAGCUCACUCCUACUGAUAAACUCUUCAUCAUGAACUUGGACCAAAACGAAUUUGCUGGCUUCUCCUAUACUAACCCAGAAUUUGUGAUCAAUGUGUAGGUGAAGGCAAACUCCAUUGUUGAGCCUGGAGUGUUAAGACUUCAGGCCAAGUGUAUGUAUCAAUUUAGUCUUCCAGGAUUCACGGUGCAUAUGCUGGCAUUCAACAUGUGGAGAGCUUGUCCUAGAGGGCUUUUCUUUGUAUGUGUAGCUUGCUAGUGUGUUUUCUACAAUUGAAAAUGUUUAGUUUAGAAUAAGCGCUUUAUCCAAUUAUAGAGGUACAACUUUUCCAAACUUCCAGAAACUCAUCAAAUGAACAGACAACAUCAAAACUGCUGUGUCUGAUACCCAAAUGCUUCAGUAUUUGUAAUUUUUAAAGUCAGAAGCUGAUGUUCCUGGUAAAAGUUUUUAUGGUUAUUCUACAAUAUCUUCUUUGAAUGCUAAGCAUGACUGGUAUUUUUAAAAGCUGUGAGUAAGCUUUGCAGUUACUGUGAACUAUUGUCUCUUGGAGGAAAUUUUUUGUUUAAGAAUUGUUAUGAUUAAACUGAAUUAAUAUAUGCAGAA